GUCGAGUGUUGAAUCCAAUUGUAGUUUAUCGAUUUCUUCCAUUCAUCACCCAUGUUCAAACCAUGUAUUCUUGCAUUGGUGCUACUUGCACAGACUGUUCUUGGUCUGCAUUUUUAUCUGGAAUCAGGAGAGCGAAAGUGCUUUAGUGAGGAUCUUCCAGCAGGAACAAGCAUUAUUGGCGCCUUUAGUUCUGAACUGUGGAACUCUCAAACAAAUACCUUUGUUGAAAACCCUCAGACCAAAGUCCAAAUCACAGUUUUUUCCGUUGCUACUCAACAUAACUUGGUAGAUCAGAAAGGUGCACACAAAGGGAAAUUCACUUUUACUGCUGCUGAUGCCGGUGAUCACCAGAUUUGUCUCUCUAUUACUUCAGAUGGAUGGUUUUCAGUUCGUUCGAAAUUGUACUUGGAUAUCCAAUUUGAUAAUUCCGAAGAGGCCGAUCAUACCGAAGUCAAGAAAACAUCGUAUUAUGAACUCAAGAACCGGAUCAGAGAGCUGACCAGUAAUGUGCAGUAUAUUCGCAGUGAAAUGAAACAUCAAAGAGAACGUGAGGCCGAGUUUAGAGAUAGCAGCGAGCUUGCUAAUUCAUCUGCCGUUCGCUGGACCAUUGUGCAGAUGGUUGUGCUCGGCGUUACUGGUGUUUGGCAGCUUCGCCACCUCAGACAGUUCUUUCUUACAAAGAAACUUGUCUAAACUUCUCAUCUUGUUGAUUUCUAAUAAAAUGAGACCAGGUUUCUAUUGC